UUGAAAAUGACGUUUUUUGACAGUAGCGCUUUGUUAUCGAGUAGAAAAAUUUUCACUUUAUUUAUUAGAAAAAAAUUCUUGUGUAUAAGUGCGGGCAGAUUUCAUAUGGAUAUAAAAGAUGAAGCUAAGUCAAAGGAAAUUGUUAACAUCCCACCCAUCAUAUCAACGUACCGGCAUGCAUUACAAACUUUCGAUGACAAGAACAAAAAAGACUUAUCAACCAACUUGAAUAAAUUGAAGUUGAUGAUGGAUAAAUUAAAAGCUGAAGAUUUGGGGUUCGACAAAACCUUGAAUACUUCAGCGAUGUGGAAACGAGCAGGUAAAGCACCGUGCACGUACAUAGAAGUAUUCCAGAACAGUCAAAUCAACAUGAGUAUAUUUGUUUUGAAACCCGGCUUCAAGAUGCCUUUGCACGAUCACCCGCACAUGCAUGGGCUGUUGAAGGUUAUUUCUGGUGCCGUCAAAAUUAGGAGUUUCUCUGAGUCUCCUGUGAAAGGACCAAAGGGUGUAACAGACUUCGUGACGCGAGCGAAACAAGAAGCAGCACGUUUAGCACAAGGUGUACACAAACGGCGACGAUUGUUUGCAGAGAUAUCAAAUAACAAGGUAUGUUCAGCCGAGUCUCAGACAUGUGUUCUAACUCCAACCAUUUCAAACUACCACGAGAUACAAGCUCUGGAUAUGCCGGCAGCAUUCUUUGAUAUCCUCUCUCCUCCUUACGACACACUAAUCGAAGGCAUCGGACCGAGAAGAUGUCGAUAUUACCAUGUAGUUAAUGAAAUAAGCACCAAUGUAGUGGAAUUACAAGAGACUGAUGUGCCAGAAUGUUUCUACUGUGAUCAAGCCCCAUAUUUAGGACCGAUACUUGGUUAGGUACAAAUUAAAGCUAAGGUUAAUUAGAAUUUGAAAUUGUGGGAAUUUUAUAGUCAAUGUCUGUUUAAGAAGGCAGUCUUUGAAGGAUUCCUUUAAAAGCAUUGUGAGGCAAAACACUUUUUCUUUUUCGUCUUCAUGAGAACUAAGGAAGGCAAUUUAUAACAGCAAAUAUGAAUUUAUACAGGUAUUGGUAAAUCUGCCUGUGCAGUAACUCCAGGUAGAAAAUUAAUAGUGCAAAUGAUUUUGUGCCUUCAUUUCUGAUACGUUAGGAAAGACAGAAUAAUCAUGUUAAAGUUAUGUGAGGGUAGUCACAGUCCAGAAGUUACCAAUGUUAUUUGUAGCUAUAAAACAUAUCUACUUACGUAAAUAAAUAACAGACAAGUUUAUGUUUGUUAAUUUGGAAUUAAUUUAAGAUUUUAUGUUAUUAAUCAUACUACUUAUUCCAUUAAACUUAUUGAUUUGGUAAUCAAACUGAUUUUUACAAUAUUAUUAUUGUCAUUAACCCAAAAUGUUAUGAAAUAGAAAUAAUGAGGAAUUCCAGACUGAGAUAUCACAUGGUCCAAAGUAAUUAAGCCGGCACUGAAAAUAUAUUUGGAAAUAUAUAAAUUAAUAUCAAUAAAUCACUGUUUUUAGUCUCCAUUUUGGUUCUAUUAUUGUAGAAGCUAUAUGCCACAUAGAUUGUGUUGAAAAUAAAACAUAAAUUGUCUAUUGUUUGGCAAUUCCCAGGCUGGCAUCAGUGACUCAUGUUUAUCAUACUACUCUAUGUUUAGUUAGGCAAAACCAAUUAUAUUAUGAAUUCAUGAUAAUCUUCCUUAUAUAGUUAAUGCUAGGUCUAUGCAUUUGGAUUUUAUAUAAAUGACUUGAUGCAAGUAAUUACAGCAUUACUUCCAUUUGUAUUACUUCGAGCUACCCUCUUCAUUUGAAAAGUAACAUUCCAACGCUUCUGUUGUAUCUAUUUGGCAAUGUAAUAGCUCUAAGUCAUAGUUAUGAAGGGAUCCUCUAAUCUAUAGUUUUUCCUCAUUGAUUGCUAUUUAUUUCUUUUACUGCUGUAUUGAAAAAUCAUUUUUGUAAAAAUACCUCUUAUAUGCCAAUUGUAAUUUUAUUAUUUCGUCCAAUUUAUCACAAAUUUAAUUAACCGUGUGAUUAUUUCCUGAUCUCUUAAAGUUUUAUUAUUGUGAUUAUUAAUUAAGGUGGAAGAUAUAUUGUAAUUUGAAUUGUUAGUGGACUUAUUUGCACAGGAGUCCUUUGAGGAUGGUUGUUCAAGCACAGGACAAGAAUAUUGGUUGUGUGUGUUGACAAGCAUUAACUAUAUGCUAAUUAAUUCACUACAGAAAAAUGUAGCAUUUUUUACUUAGAGUUUGGGCUUGGACUAUGCAUUGUGUUGUGCAACCAACCUAAUAGUCAUCUACAGCGCAUAUUGAAUUUAAAGCCCCAUUUUAAGGAUGUAGGCUCCUGUCCUAUGCCUGAUUGAAUGUAUAAUGGUGAACAAUACUAUAGUUUAGAAAAGCAACUGCCAUAUUAUUAUACUUAUACGUAAAUUGACGUAAUAUGAAUCUAAAUUAUGUGCAACAUUAUAUCUACAUUUUAUUUUCUGACUAAAAUUCUGACUAUUUCUCUCUAAUUCUGUCAACACUAUAUACAGCGUGGAACAGAUUAUUUAGUAUUAAUUUUAUAAAAUAAAACCUACAAAAAAUAAAUAUAAAUAUAUUUAUUUUAUUUUGAUUGUAAGAAGUUAAGUUUUGCUAUUGUGUGUUCUAUCUUUUCCACUCUGUAUAUAACUUUUAUUUAGAAUUAAG